AUGGCACCCUCUGUUGACAAAUCCAAUGGAGCGACCGAAAACGGGAACUCGGUGAAGGAGAUGAGCAGCUCCUCGCUGAUCAAGCAUCUCAUCCCCGAAGAAGAGCAGAGUCCUGUACCUGGAUUGGAUGACCCGGUUAGGAUGACGCAGAAUGCCACCACGGCGCACAUCUUGACCGCGAAAUGGACCAUAGUCGAAGGUUGGGCCGCCCCGGAAAUCAAAAGGUAUGGGAACAUUGAGCUUCCCCCAACGGCAAGUGUGUUACACUAUGCUACGAGUUGCUUUGAGGGCAUGAAAGCAUAUCGUGGUUUUGACAGCAAGCUCCGUUUGUUCCGCCCAUGGCUCAACUGUGAGAGGAUGAGAGACUCGAACGAGCGCGUCUCGCUGCCUGAUUUUGAUCCUGAGGAGCUUCUGAAACUCAUCUCUACCUUUGUCGCCACCGAGGGCCCUCGGUGGCUACCGGAGGCUGGAUCAACCUUCUACGUCCGGCCGGCCAUGGUGGGGAGCGGAUCUGCGUUGGGAAUCAACAGGCCAGGUGAAGCAUUGUUCUUCGUUUUUGCAGCCCUGUUUCCUCAGUCUAGGCCGGGUACCAUCAAUCCUGGUAUUCGCCUCAUAACAUCUCAACCAAGCCAAAUCAGGGCCUGGCCGGGAGGCUUUGGAAAUACAAAGGUCGGUGCCAACUAUGGCCCAGCAAUGACAGCCCAGGUUCGAGCGAGACAGAACGAGUGCAGCCAGACAUUAUGGUUGUUUGGAGACAGCAACAUCGUCACUGAAGCAGGGGCCAGCAACUUCUUCGUCAUCUGGAGACGGAGUGACAACAAAGCACUGGAGCUCGUAACAUGUUCUGAUGAUACGGGCGUCAUCUUAAACGGCAUUACUCGGCGAAGCGUCCUGGACAUCGCCAGAGAGAGACUCGGAAGCCAAGACGCGGCCAAGCAAGUAUCUGGCGAUUUCGAGGCUUUGGAUGUGAUUGAAAGGCCAUUCUCGAUCGAUGAAGUUGCCAAAGCGCAUCAAGAAGGGAGGCUUAUCGAGGCAUUCGUUUCCGGCACUGCUAUGUUCAUCUCGCCCGUGUCCCAGAUCAUUCAUGAGGAUAAAUUCAUCGACUUUCCAACGACCCAGAACGAGGCCGGGCAAAAGGUCACUGUGUCCAAAUACGCAAAGACGAUUAAGCUCUGGUUGGAGGACAUCAUCUAUGGUCGAGAGGAACAUCCUUGGGCGUUUGUUGUUGAUGAGACGCGGGACGAUCUAACAAAGAAAGCUUAG